CAAAUGAACUUACUCACUCAGUCUUUGAAUGGGCGUCUCUCCCUCUGUCUCGCUUUUCUCCAAUCUCUGGAGGGCUUCAAACUUCACAAGGAAAGAGAGAGCAACUAAAGAAAGAAAUGAGAAAACCUUGCUGUGAUAAAGAAGGGAACAACAAAGGAGCUUGGUCCAAGCAAGAAGACCAGAAGCUCAUCGAUUACAUUACAACUCAUGGUGAAGGUUGCUGGCGUUCUCUCCCUAAGGCCGCAGGAUUGCACCGUUGUGGCAAAAGUUGCAGGUUAAGAUGGAUAAACUAUCUUAGGCCAGACAUCAAACGAGGCAACUUUGCUCAAGAUGAGGAGGACCUUAUUAUCAGGCUCCAUGCUCUCCUUGGCAACAGGUGGUCACUGAUAGCUGGGCGACUGCCGGGGAGGACAGACAAUGAGGUGAAGAACUAUUGGAACUCUCAUCUGAGGAAAAAACUAAUAAACAUGGGAAUGGACCCAAACAAUCAUCGCCUUAACCAAAUUCUUCCACGUCCCCAACCAGAGAGAGUUUCUUCUCCUGUUGAUGAAAAUAUAUGUAAAACCAAAAAAUCUAAGGGCGAUUAUAAUGAUAGGACUUCUGAUGCACCAAGUUCUCUCGAAGAGGAUGAAACUGGUGCUGGUUCUUCUGAUAUAAAUCUUGACCUCAACAUUGCUGUUCCUUCUCCUGCUGUUAAUACUGCAACUUUGGAAACUAGGCCAGAAAAUUGCGAUGCUUCUGCAACUGGUGAAGUACGAAGCGAAACAUUACCUGCUCUACUUCUCUUCUUGUGAGCUAGCUAGCUAGCUAUAUAUAGCCAGCAAUCCAAAUACAUUAAUUUAAGCUUUCCUGGUGGCUUUAGUGGGAAUUAAAAUUUAAAAAGGUUAACUAAGCUAGAAGAAAGAGUCUUUUACUGAUAUUAGUUAUAGAUCAUUUAGUAAUUGUAAACCUAAUUUUGAUGCAUUUAAAUAUAAUUAAAUGACUAGCUGCCAAGGAAUA